UUGGUUUGCGAGUGUUUGUGGGAUGCGGGGAAGAGAGGGCGCGGCCGAGCGAUCGAUGGCCAUGGAGCUGCUGCCGAUGAUUCGGAGCUGCGGCGCCACUGGCAGGGGACCCCGGCGAUGGAUGCGUCACGAAUUGUGCCGCUGCGCUGGAACUCGCGAAAUCGCCAGCAAUUCGCGCCCUUGAUGGCGAUCAGUGGGAGCUUUCGCAAGUGGUUUUAGCUCAGCGCGCUCUUCGUCAUCGAUCCUCGCAUUUCAGUGAGAAGAGGGAAAAUGCCGGGACUUGCUGGGAUUGAAGAGGGAGGAGACAGGACUUUGGACGAGAAAAUCGCAACCAUGAUCCAGUUGCAACAAAAGGAAGGAGGAGAAGCUCCCGACAAACAAUCCGUGGACGCGGAAUUCCGGCGGGGAUUGGAAGAAUUGGUGCGUGACCAUUUCGAUAACUGUAUGGCGCUUGCGUCGAGCAGCACCAGCAACUCAAACCGCGAGGAUUUGGAUUUCCAGCUCCAGUGUGAUGGCUGUGGCUCGUUUGACGAAGAAGAGGGCAAUAGAAACAGUGGUAGCAACGCCGAGUCGCAGGAAGGACGGGUGGACGAUGAUUUCACGGGGAGGCCGUCGCAGAUUCUUCGUCGGUGGUAUGAUAGACAAGCACAGAACGUCAUCACCACUAUGGAGCGGCAAGCCCGGCAAGCGGAGCUUCUAGCUCUUGCCGGGCUCCAUGCAGUGUCGAUGCUCGACUCUUCGUUUUUGAGAGACUCGGUUCCGCCACCUUCGUCAGGAGAGAGGCUCGAUCACCAGCGUCGACCAUCGCCUUUGUUGGAAAUGUGGAGGGGAUUGGAAGACGAAAGGAGUGUCGGAAGGGGUGUUUCGAGAAGGGUGGCGAGCAGUGAAGCUGAGAGAGAAGACGCUACUGCUACUGUUACUACAACCGCCGAGACUCCUCGUCCCGACGAUGGUGAGGAGCAAACUCCGGCUUCCAGAGUGGACGAAAUACCUGGAAGCUUUGAUGCUUCUAGAGAUGACGAGACACGCCAGGUAGCUGACGACGGUGGUGGCACGUCUCGCCAGAGCGUGAGACAAAUUAUGAAUCGUUGGCUGAACGAGAGAGUUGGCACCGACGACCAGAUCAACCAGUCGCGACGAGAGCAAAACGAGCUGCUCGAUUUGAACGAGAGAGAAAGAGUGAGGCAGCUCGCAAGGGAGUGGCUGCGUCCUACUGCACCAAGAGAAGUCUCAGGCACGGAUGACACUACAACCAACGAAAGCUGGGAGUCUCAACGUCGUCGUGAUAGACAACUGAUAUUGGACCUCCUUAUAAGAACAGAGAGGGAGAGGCAACAAGAACUCGAAGGGCUAUCGGAGAAUCGGGUUGUUUCGAGGUUCCCUCACCGUGGGAGACUUCAGUCGCUAUUGCGAGGCAGAUUUCUGGCUAAUGGCGGCAGACAUGAAGAAGAAGAACGUCAUAUAUCAUCAGCUGCAAGAGAACUGGGCCAGCUCAGGCAGAGGCGAGCCGUCAGCGGGCUAAGGGAGGGGUUCCGUUCAAGAUUGGAGUCAGUCGUUCGUGUUCAAGCUACAAAUCUCGAGGACAGUCCUGAAACGUCUGAUGAACACGACAGGACAUGGACGGCCGCUCGAAGAAUGAAUGAGUUGGAGGAGGCCACCGCGUAUAACGUGGAACUACGGGAACUACUCGGAAGGAGAAGUGUCACAAACGUGCUGGCGAGUGAGUUUCGAGAGCGACUGGAUCAGCUCAUCAGAUCUUUCAUCCACAGGCAAGUUCCCUGGCCGGUUGAGAACAACAACGCCGCUGCUCAACCACAGAAUGACGUCGCACCGGAGGCACAAACAGAGCGACCCGAACAGCGUCCUACGAUCCCUCCACCACCUCCGCCCCUGCCAAUACAAAGGCUUUGGCAGCGGGAAUUCGUUCAUGGCCAGUGGCCUCGUCCAUCUUCGUCAUACAUGGUUUGGGACAACGCAAGCCAGUUGCGAGCUGAUAUCUCCUAUCUGCAGCAAGGCCUCGGUGACUUGCAGCGAAUGGUGGAGACAAUUGUGGAUAUGCAAAUGGAGUUGCAACGCUCGAUCCGCCAGGAGGUUGCUGGUGCUCUCCAGCGCAUGUACUCUGCUGGUAAAGAGCGAAGUAGCGAUGGAUCGCAAUGGAUACCGGUUAAGAAAGGAACUUGCUGCAUUUGCUGUGAUAAGUCGAUCGAUUCACUUCUUUACAGAUGUGGACAUAUGUGUACGUGCUUGAGGUGUGCGAAUCAACUAAAGAAUGGUGGCUCCAAAUGCCCGAUGUGCCGAGCUCCAAUCGUGGAAGUGAUCCGAGCUUUCACCAUCGCUUAGAACUCCAGAGACGCAAAAACUAGAGAAUGGAUAUCCUACUGGAGGGAUAUGCCCUGGGAGCUUCCCUUGUAAAUAACUGUGUACAUUUGUAUUGGGCUAUUAUCACUCCAAGUGGCACAGCCUUGCUCGC